GACACCCAACCACGAACCCAACCAAAAUCACCAUGAACCGAAACCCAACUAACCACCACGAACCAAAACCCAAAACCACCACGAAACAAAACCACCUAAGAACCUCCGAAAUCCUUCGACCACCACCAAAAACCAUUGAAAGUUCGAAACCAUUCGACGAACCACCAAGAACGACGAUCCACAAACCAAUUACUGAAUCACCCACCCACGAACAACCUGCAAAUUCACCAACAAGCCACCAAUCGAACCACAAAUCAAGCAAACCACCCACAAAUAACCAUGAAACCCACAAAUAAGGAUGGAUUGGAAUUUUUAAAGAGAUUAAAGAUGAAGAAGAUGAAUUGAGAGAUGAAGGAGGAGAGAGAAAAAUAAUGGGGAAAUGAUGAAUUGAGAUUAAUCUGAUUUUUAGGGUGGGAAGGGUUGAAUAAUUAACUAGAUUAAGGUUAUAAUGUUUUGUAAUUAAGUAUAGUAUUAUGUUCUAAUAAUUUUUAAGUGAGGGUAUUUUGGUCAUUUUGACAGAAAAAUGUUACUAAAAUAGAAAAGAAAUAAGUUUGUUGCUAGCACUCUUUUUUGAUAAAUGUUGUAAAUAACUGUUAACGAAGGUAGUAUUAUAAAUAGAAUGGGUUGCCACGAAGUAACAUAUUAGCAGCAGAAUCACUAUUUCACCCAAAAAAUAAACACACUUACCCAAAGUAUUUUAAUUUGUUCAAGUUUAAGUAAUAAGUGCAACAAAUGGAAAAGGUCUCAAUUAACUUUCUGGUUGCUCCUGUUCUAUUAGCAAUGUUGUUCAUGCUCAGUACCUCAACAGCUAUGGCCAUUGAAACGAUGCCAAAAAUGCCAGUGAUGGUAAUAGAAGAAGAAGUGGUGAUGGUCCAACCACCAAAAACUGAUGAUGAAAAUGGAAACCAUGAAACAAAUAUGAUGAUUAUGCGGUCGCAUAAUCGUGGUUUGGACGCCCAAAAUAUUAAGCAAGAAGUCGCAACAAAUGAUAGCGGGGAAGUUUUGAAGUGCGCAGAUGACUAUCAGUAUUGUAACAGUAUCUUUGGACCUUUUUGUUGUAAUGAUACCUUUAAAUGUGCUGCGAUACCUUUAGCUGGUGGAUUGUGUGUGAAUCGUGAUAUUAUCCCUCCGUCUCUAUUUACUUGACCUAUAGCCCUUUGGCACGCAAUUUAAGAAAGAGAUUAAAGUCGGGUUAAAUAUAUUAUAAAUAACUUAACCCAACUGCAUGCUUAGGUUAAAGGGCUAGCUACUUUGAUCCCAAUCCGGCCUCUAGCCCUCUAAAUGUCCUAGAUAGGUAUGAGACUUUUCACUCUAAGGAUGUAAUGUAAUAGCUAGUGUGUACUUGGCUAAUCAUGCUCAUGUUUAUUCAUAAUGCUUUCCUAUAUGCAUGAAUUAUGACAAAGCAAAAUAAUUAUGUAUGUGAUUUUAAGUUUUUCUUAAAUAAAAUGUUGAUUGA